AUGAACCCAGCUAUGACACCAUGUACAGUACCUCCUGGAUACUAUGGUGGACCAUACAUGCCAUCUCUGAACCCAGGUCAAUGUGGGUAUCCUUAUCCCUGUACAGCAGUCCCUGGGAGCUAUCCAGUACCAUUUCCUGGAUAUGGUGGACCAUUUUCACAGCCAUUCUAUGGACCACCACAGCCAUAUCCCAGCAUACCUUAUGCAUAUGGCCCUUAUCCCGGAAUGUUCCCACCUGGAUACAUGGUACCACAACAGGCAUACCCACAACCAUUCAUGUAUGGAGGGCCACCAAUGCCAACACCAUCAGUUCAAUUACUGGAUGGAGGAGCUGUACAAUGCCCUGCUAUGUCAAUUAAUGAAAUUCCCGACACCCAGGACCAGGAGCUACUAGCAACAUUGAGACCUGGAGAUGCCAGCACCUGUGCAUCAGACCUGCCUGCAGCAGUACAUCAACAGCAUCAGCAGCAGCCAACAUUUACUGCAGCAGUGAACCAGCAGCAGCAGAUGCCCACAGUUACCUGCAAGAGCCCACCAGGGUUUCCACUGAUACCAAGUGGUGAUAUAUCACCUGCUGGUAUACAGUGGAACAUCAUGGUAUCACAGGAUGGUCUCCAUGUUCCUGGGAUUUCAACAACACCAGACAUACAGGACAAAGAUAAUUCUGAAGGCAGUUCAUCUGAGUUAUGGCCACUGAGUAGUGAGCAUUCAACUGCUGGUUGCCAAACAACUCCAGAUGCUGAAUACACCAUUAACUGCCAACAAUUACUGGACCUGACUUUAGAUGCACCGGACUUGACUGUCAACACACAGCCUUCUAGGAGUGAUCCUUCGCCUGAGCAUAGCAACAAGUCAGUUGUAAAUGCUCAGGCAUCCAGCAAUUUACAGGAUUCCUCCUACCAAGAGCUGGUAACAGACGAAAAGGGAACAGCAACCUCUUCACUACAGGAUCCAAUUCAUGAUGAGAAGAUUAGUGAAGCGCUGAAUGCUGAUCCCACGAUGUCUGUACCAGCAACGACUGUGUAUCAUGACACCACUGGAAGUGACACCACAGAUGGCCCAACCAGGUCUACUUGGAAUGCGGCCAACAAGGACUUUCCUUUCACCAACUACAAUGAGUCUCUUACAGCAUUUAAUAAAAGAUCUUUUCAACCGAAACAUUUUACUGGUUUUGAUCAACCACAUUUUGAAGUUCCGGAGUCCGAUAUUGGCGAGACAUCUGUUAAGAAUAAUGAAAGGGACGACCUUAAAGCAAGCAAAGAUUUUACAAGCAUUUCUGAUAAAGAACUACUGGAGCCGGAUUAUGAGGAUGUUAAAGAUACAAAGGAAAAAGAUGGAAAUCACAGGUUUAAACCUUCGUCAGACAAAGUUAGGAAGUUGGAUUCAAUAAGACAGAAAGAUAAAAAAGAACCAUGGGAUGUAUUUCGAAUUAUUGAGAGAGACGAAAAACGGCGAGACGUUCAUGCACAUAUCAGUUUUCGAAUCAUCAAAAUACUCGCAUAUGUCAUGUUGUUCGGUUUGAUGUUGACAAGUUUAGUCACUCAAAAAAUCACCUUAGCCAUUGCUACCUCAAUGGUACGAUCGGAAAGGACUUCAGUGGAAAGCACUUCCGGUAGAGGGAACACAACUUUAUCAAGUAGCAAAAACAAGUCAGAACCCGCUGUACAUAGCUUUCUCCUCCUUAUAGCCAUGUGUACUCCAUACAUUUUCACCUUUCUCUCAAGCGCGUGGAGGGUGUGGUUUGGAAAUAUACAUAAACCAAGCAUUUCCAGUAUAAUUAUGAUUACAACAGUAGAAGUCCUUCAUUCUAUAGGAUUGUCCCUUUUAGUGUUUCAUCUGUUGCCAAACUUGGGACCCAUUCGAGGAAUAUGUAUACUUAGUGCAACAUCCAUCAUCCCCAGUAUUUUAAAACCAUUUUACACAGUAGAUGCGAAUUUAUUCCCAAGAAAUAACGAACAACGAAAACGCAUACUAAUAUUUGUUUUGAACUUGGUCGCCUUUUUCCUUCACUUAUCUGUGUUACCAUUUCUUCUUGUUUCAAACACACAGUAUGCAUUUAAUGGUGAAAUUUCCCCCAUACAUAUCAACGGCGAGAUCCCUGAUGUCUGGAAUAUCGAUGCAGAAACAGGUUUAAAAUAUGUGUUUUCACUUCUGUUAACGUCAGGUCUUUGGUGGGAGAAUUUUCUGGAUAAGAUCAAUGGGAGCGGAAAAUUUAAGCAGUUUCUUUUGAGAAUAAGAUGUGAAAUCGAUAAAAGCAGGUCUUAUAUUUACGUUUAUGUGUCUAUAUUGAAAUUCAUAGCCUCAGUACUCUGUGCACGUCUUAUAGUUGGAGAGUCAUUGAAUCUUUUCAAAGUCGAUUUCUGGGCAGCGUUUACAAAGAAUCAAACACUAAGUGAUUAUUCGGAUAUACUUAUUCUGAUCGCAUCAGGCUUUGUUGGCUAUUAUGUUGCAUACACAUCCUGCAAACUGCAUAUGCAAAUAUUUUCUUUUUCUUUUCCCUGCUUAUUAUCUACACCAGUUGCCGUAAUUCUAAUGACAGUAUACUGUCAGAGCAGUUCAAACCAUUUUCCCACCUUAAUCAAUUUUGACAAAGAAGCCUGCUAUCAUCCAAUCUACAGUCCUUGGUAUCACGUGACAAUGGCCUCGCUCUGGCUUCUUUCCUUAUACUGGGUCGGGCAACACAUAUGGACUCCACUACAAGAAAGGCUUGCAAAAGUAGAAAGAUUAUUUGUCAAUCCUUUGUAUUGUGGAAUUCUUCUGGAGCAGAAUUUGAUUUUGAACAGAAAACGUUGUCAUCUGCAAAUCAUCAAAAGACAAAAAGAUGCAGUCGAUAAGGAAGAGGAAAACUUUACUUUACAAACCCCUCCCUUUGUUUACGCAUGCGCUACCAUGUGGCAUGAAAAUCGUCUGGAAAUGGUUCAACUUUUGAAGUCAAUUUUUAGAAUGGAUGAGGACCAGUUUUUAAAAGAGAAAGAAUAUGAAAUUUCUAACGACAUCCAAUAUCCACAUGAUUAUUACAAGUUUGAAGCACACAUACUUUUCGAUGAUGCAUUUCAAAAAGAAGAUGUUAAUGAAUAUGUUUAUACAUUUGCAUCUGUUAUGAACGAGGCUGCAAGCUCUGUGCAUUCUCAUCCAAUACAACUAGAGAAACCAGUUAUUAUAUCGACCUAUUACGGAGGACAGGUUAUCUUCAGAAUGCCUGGGGAAAAUUUACUGUACAUACACCUUAAAGACAAAACAAAAAUUCGACAUAAGAAACGAUGGUCUCAGGUGAUGUGCAUGUAUUAUUUAUUGGGAUAUCGAAAGGCUGAAAACACAUUCCUUCUUGCAUUGGAUGGGGACGUAGAUUUCACCCCUGGCUCUGUUAGAGUUCUGCUCGAUCGAAUGAAAAAAGACAAGAAAGCUGGUGCUGCAUGUGGAAGAAUUCAUCCAAUAGGCAAUGGUCCGAUUGUCUGGUAUCAGAAGUUUGAAUAUGCAAUGGCACAUUGGCUUCAGAAAGCUACUGAGCAUGUACUUGGGAGCGUUCUUUGCUCCCCUGGCUGUUUCAGUCUUUUCCGUGGCUCAGCUCUAAUGGAUGAUAAUGUAAUGAAAAAAUACACGCUACUACCAUCUGAAGCGUCUCAGAUCUUAAUGUACGAUCAAGGGGAAGAUCGCUGGCUCUGCACUCUGCUUUUACAACAGGGAUACAGAGUAGAUUAUGCUGCCGGUGCUGAUGCGUACACUUAUGCUCCAGAAAGCUUUAAUGAAUAUUUCAACCAAAGAAAAAGAUGGACACCGUCCACACUUGCUAACAUCAUGGCUCUUCUACAAGAUGGCAAAAAUACAGUAGAGGCGAAUCCAAAUAUAAGUUGGCUUUAUAUUGUCUAUCAAGUUUCUCUGAUGGUUGCAACACUAAUCAGUCCAGCGACAAUUCUUAUUCUGAUUGCCGGCGCCUUUGUUGCCGUUUUCGGUUUGAAUCUUAUGAUGUCAUACAUAGCAUCCUUGCUUCCGGCUAUUGCAUAUUUUAUCAUAUGUCUCACAUUCCGCUUAAACGUUCAACUUGCGAUAGCUCAAAUUCUAAGUGGAUUUUAUAUAUUACUCAUGAUGAUUGUUUUUGUUGGUAUGAUUAUCACAGCCGUUUCGGAAUCUCUGUACCACCCCAGCGUCAUAUUCAUCACUGGCCUAGUUGCAAUUUUUGUUAUUGCUGCUUUACUUCAUCCAAGGGAAUGGGGCAAUAUUAUAUACGGAUUACUUUAUUAUAUUCUUCUUCCGUCAGGGUUCGUACUUCUAUUCAUUUAUUCUUUGUGCAAUUUGAAUGACAUUUCAUGGGGAACUCGAGAAAGUGGUAUUACAAAGGAGAAAAGGGAAAAAAGUAAAGGACUUCUGUACAAAAUAUUCUCCACAUUUAAAAAGAUGAAGAAUAACUUGUUUAAACCCAACCCUUCAGAAAAGGCCAUGCUUCUUAAAUUAUUAGCGACAAUGGCUGAUAUAGUUAGAUUCAGGAAGGAUCCUGUGAUAAAUAAUAAAGAGAAUGAACAUUUAGAGGAGAUAGUUACUCAGGCGACACCACUUCUAGAUACUCAUUCACAGGAGCAAAGUAAAAGGAGUUUGGAAAAGCUUUCCAUGGAGAAGAUGUCUAGCGAUUUACCAACGUGGGUAAACAAAGGUCCUUUCUCAGGAAGAUAUGUUCAAAUGAUGGAAAAGGAACGUCAAUUUUGGAAAUCAUUUGUUGAGAGAUAUUUGAAACCUUUAGAGAGAAAUCCUACAAAAGAAAAUAGAGUGAAGGAAAAACUGAGGGAACUAAGAAACAAUGUUUGUGGAGGAAUGGCUCUUAUAAACAUGCUUUGCAUUGCAGUGAACUUUAUGUUGCAGUUACGAAGUCCUGCGAUGAUAACAUUUAAACUUCCAAAAAACAACGAUGACGACGAAGACCAGAAUUAUGAGAUGAAAAUUGAAAUUCUGGGUCUCCUGUUCAUUGGUUUCUUCCUUAUUAUCCUACUGGUACAGUUUUGUGGUAUGGUUAUGCACAGAUGGGGUACAUUUUUGCAUCUUCUUGCCAUCACAGAACUUCGAAAUCCCUUUAAAAGAAAACUGAAAACAGAUCUACAUUCAAAAAUAUUAGAAACAUAUGAGAUUGCAAAAGAGGAAAAUCAGGAAAUACAAGAAAUACCUGAAGCUGAUAGACAAGAAGAGGAAAACGCACUAUUGAGACAAAUUGAACAUUUACAAGAAACAGGAACCAGAUAUUACUCCGACUCAUCUUCAGAUGGAACCACUUCUUCUAAGCCACAACGAAAGUCCACUGACAACAAAUCAAUCAACACUCGUGCAUUAUUCCAACAGUACGGGCAAAACACUCUACAUCGGAUCAAAACCAAUGACGACAGAACACGAUAUCCAAGAGACGAGAGAAAAAGAUCUUUAUUUAGUGAAGUAAUGAAUUAUAACCAACGAUACAGCUUCCGUCAAAUCAGAUGGAGAGAUGGAAAAACAAGUUGGUCAAACCAAGCAGAUGAGGCUACCAGAGAAGGGGAGAGAAGCACAAAUCUUCAUUUAAGAGGGGGGUUAAUGCAAAGAAAGCUAUCAAUUUCUUUAAUGAAGCACCAAAAUGAAUACGACGACGAAAUAUGACAUAUGCUAUGAGAAAAAAAAUAACACACAUAAGAUGGUUUUAAGAAAAUGUAUAUAAAAUGUAUAUUUAUAAAGACAAAUGACAUGAUAUCACACAAAUGAUCAAAGACGAAAGUGUUCCCUUUUGUUGAUGACAAUUGAUACAUGUGUUUAAUUUUCGUCCAUAGAUUUUCUUUUCUCUAUAUUUAUGGUAAAUGUCCCCAUACAAUUUGCCAAUUCCUUUAUAUUAUAAUCAUCUAUUGUGUGUACACCUGAAUUAAAAGGAGCAGCCAAGGGUACAUUUGUGUCCCUUCUAAUUAAUGAUACAGUUAAAUUCAAAACAUGUAAUUGAUAUAAGCACCUGCCAGUUUCUUCCACAUACACUACUUCUCAAACUUUUUAACAUAAAUCUCCAUAUACAAUAUUCCUAGUUUUGCAAUUUAUAUUUUUUUUUUACUUGAAAGGUGUCUCCGUUUUCAUCUUCAAUAUAUGAUGUAUAAUAUGAUUGAUCAAAAUAUGAUGUAUAUGACGUAAAUCUAUUCUGUUGUGAUGUUUUUAACUCUGUAUGUUGUAAACACGUUCCUCAGAAUGCAAGGCAGAAAUGUAGAUAAGCGUUAAUCAAAGAAAUAAGGAAUGAACAUGAAAUGACUUUUGGUAUUUGAGAAAUAAUUAAAUAAGGUAAUCGGUUUUCUUUACAUAGUUAGACCAAUGUCUUAGAAUAGAAACUUAAAGUUCUUUGGUACGCAUGUUGGUUAACUGAUACUGUAUAGCGCUUAUUUUAGCGGGAUGCUUUUUUUGGCUCAUUCUAGCUUUCUGUAUAUAGCCCUCUAAAAUUUUAUCGCUGAUAUAAUCAAUAUUCUUCUUCGAAUUCUUUGGUAUCAAUUAAAAGCUAUGUGGCCGCUAAAAUAAAUUAAACAAAAAAUAUUGGCACAUUUGUGAGCAGGCAAAACGCCAAAUUUUACAUCCGUAAAGACCACCCACUUUACGGUAUUCAGAAAAUUUAUUGUAAGGUUAUUGAAUAAGAUGACGUGUCACAAAAUUUGAAGGUUCAGUGUCAUGAAGUUUUUGUGAUCAAUAGAAUGAUUGAUUUUGUAAUACUGUAUAAAAAUGUUGUUUUCUUUUUCAAAUUGUAUAAAAAUAUUGUCAUGUUAUUAAGAAAAACAAAAUCUAUAAAGAAAUUUAGCUUGA